UCUCGCGGAUCCCCCAGACCCAGAUUGCGCACGUGAUAUCGUGAUAACCGGAUCGUCAGAUCGCGCUUUUACAUGAUUUCUUGAACCGUUAGUUACAAAUGUUACAAUAAACGAUUACGCGAGGGAGAAGAUAGAAAGGGAGAAAUACUAUCUCCUCAAUAGUACGAGUUACGAGUUGCUGUCAUGCUAGUUUUUAUACGUGAUUGUUUUUCGAUUAAUAAAUGAAAAUUAAUUCGACAAAUUAGAACGUGUUAUCGGGAAAAAUUAAUUUCCAUCCACAGUGCACGCAUUUCUGCGACGCUACAACGCAAAGCAAUAUGACGACAGACAUCGUACAUUGUUGUUCAUCACGAAUACAUGUCGUCGCAUGACAAUGAAUGUGGCUGUGAGUUUUUGCGUGUAUGAAGGUGGAGGUGUCAGUGAUCUCCCUUAUGUUUCACAAGGGAUACAGAUGUUCAGUGAAUAACACUUUCAACAAUGGAUUAUGAUUAUAUGCCCUUUCAUAGGGAGAAAGACUUUCAUAAUAGAUGUUGUGGUGGAAAACUCUGGUGUAUUAAGGACAUAUGCGGGAUCAUAUGUGCUGUAUUAACAUGGCUGCUGAUAAUCUAUGCAGAAUUCGUAGUAAUGGCAGUAAUUCUUAUUCCUACUAUAAAUACAUUAUAUUCCAGUCUGAAUAUGGCCAUUUUUCAGUCUCUAGCAUUUUUGGCUUUUGCAUCACAUUUAAGAACUAUGUUUACAGAUCCGGGUGCGGUACCAAAAGGUAAUGCAACGAAAGAAAUGAUACAACAAAUGGGAUUUAGAGAUGGACAAGUUAUCUUUAAGUGUCCAAAAUGUUGUUCUAUCAAGCCUGACAGGGCACAUCAUUGCUCUGUUUGCCAAAGGUGUAUUAGAAAAAUGGAUCAUCAUUGCCCAUGGGUCAACAAUUGUGUGGGAGAAAAUAAUCAAAAAUACUUUGUACUUUUUACUUUUUAUAUAGCGGGCAUAUCUCUACAAUCUCUAUUUUUGUGUAUACAACAAUUCACCACGUGUGUCAGACAAGAAUGGAGGGAAUGCUCCACGUUCAAUCCACCUGCGACGGUAGUGUUAUUGUUAUUUUUGGCAUUCGAGGCACUUUUAUUCGCCAUUUUUACUGCUGUGAUGUUAGGCACACAACUACAAGCUAUUUGGAAUGAUGAAACUGGCAUAGAACAACUUAAAAAAGAGGAAGCUAGAUGGGUUCGUAAUAGUAGAUGGAAAUCAAUUCAAGCAGUUUUUGGAAGAUUUUCGAUAGCUUGGUUCUCCCCUUUUACCUCACCUCCUAAUGCAAAGACAAAAUUAGAUUCGUACCUAUAUUCUGUCUGAAUUAUAUAUUUUGAUACGUAUAACCAUGACUUACAUAGAGGAAUAUUUAGUGUACAUAAAUACUAAUUAAUUUUAAUGUUCAUGUAUGUGAUUGAUAUACAGAAUAAUUCUGAAAAACGAUGAAAAAUAUCAGAAAAAAAUUUUGUGCACACAUGUGUAUAAUUUAAUGAGCUUUAUGAUACUAUUUUUUUCAGUAAAUAUAUUGAUAUAUCUGAAAUAACGAUUGCACAAUUUUUUUUUAAAUUUUAUUUUGAUCUUGUUUUUUUAAAUAUAAUCACAUAGUUUUUAUAUAAAAAUUGAUUUUCUCAAAAUUCUUUAAAUUAUGCAAAAUUUUUCCAUUUUGUAUAAUUAUUCUGUAUGUUAUAUGUGUACAAGGACAGAUAUAUUGUGUUCAUAGUGCUGAGAAUUUUGUACAAUUUCACAAUCAAAUUUUAUAUUAUUUCUCAAACUUUUGCUUAUCGCUAGUAAAGAAGACGUUAUGAUACUAAAAGUAUUGAAAAUUAAUAAUUUGAGAAAUUUAAUGCGGCUUAAGGCUCUUCGUCCCUCAUUAACAUUAUAUUGAUUUCUAAUGCCGAAAAAAAAUCAAUCUUUUUUGUGAAAUAUAUCGAAAUAAAUUAAUUUCCCCACUAUUCAUAUAUUUGAUAAUAUAUUAUAUUUAAUAAUAUAUAUUUGAAAUUAUAUAUUCGAUAAUAUAUAUUUUUGAUAUUAUAUUUGUAUUUUUGAUAAUAUAUAUUUGACAUUAUAUUUGAUAAUAUAAAUUGGUAAAUUCUUUAGACUCUUUCCGAAUUAAUAAAUGAUGUUAAUCUUGGCCAAUUAUUAUAAGGUCUACUUUUGUUGCAAAACAUAUACAAACGAGUUGUACGCAUAUUUAUUAAUACAAUAAAGAACAAAGUUUCUGGUGUAUUUUAUCAAGUCAUGUUAUCGAAUAUAUGAUGGAGCAAGAGAAAAUAAAUUUAUUUUCAUAUAUUCUUCUCUCUUCUAAGAAAAAGAAUUCACAUGAAUUCUUACUUCUGACAUCAUAUUUUAAUGAUAAUGAGAAAAUAAGAGCUUUAACAAUUAUUGUAAUUAAUUGUUUACAUUUGUUUUUUUAUAAAAGCUCUAUUUGUUAGUAUAUCAUAUUCAUUUUUCAUAUUAAACAAUUGAAACAUUUUAUAUUAAACAAUUGAGAAUUGAUUAUAUAUAUUUAUAUAUAUAUAUAUAUACAUAUACAUAGAAUUGCAAGAAUUACAAUUUAUUAUGCUGUAUUGCAUAAUAUGUAACACAAUUCUUGCAAUUGUAACGAAAAAUAUGUGUAAGUAAGAAUUCCUUAAUAUAAGACAUACUUAAAUAUAAAUAUUUAAUA